AUGUCGGAGGCAGCAGCACACCUUUCCAGCUGCGCGUCGGUAAUCGCCAUCGCGGCAUGCUUCUUCUAUAUUCCAUAUCUAAUGGGGCGCAUGGAAGACAUUCGCGGUUCACUGACCGUCAAAAUGGAUCAGUUCCGAGUACUCGAGCAAGAAGUAUGGGGUGAAAUGAUGCUUUCCCGCAACAGUGCACCACACAGCCGUAAAGAACGUCAAGCGGAGCCAAUCUGUCAGUGUGACACUGGUGACCGAUGCCCACCGGGACCACCGGGCAGACCUGGACCACCAGGAGCACCCGGUGCUCCAGGAGCUCCUGGUCAACGAGGCGAACCAGGUGUACCUGGAAUUGUACCACCAUUGGACAUCCAGCCUGCCGCUGGAUGCAAACAGUGCCCACCAGGACCAGUUGGGCCACCAGGUCCACCAGGGCCAAUGGGGCCACCUGGUGAAAAAGGACCGGCCGGAAAUCCAGGACAAGAUGCUCAUCCGGGCAACAGUGGACCACCAGGACCGCCCGGACCUGCCGGCCAACCCGGACAAGACGGCAAACCAGGUCAGCCAGGCCCACCGGGAAGCGACGGCGUGGUUGGACGCAAAGGACCUCGCGGACCACCAGGUCCCGCUGGACAGCCUGGACCGAAAGGACAACCUGGACCAGCCGGUAGUGCGGGACAACCAGGGCAACCUGGCAACCAAGGCCCACAAGGAGAACCGGGCGGUAAUGGCACUCCGGGCACUCAUGGACCACCAGGGCCGCCAGGACCACCAGGAAGUCCGGGUAAGGACGCAGCUUACUGCCCCUGCCCAAGGAGAACAAUGUCGAUGCUUGUUAAAGCAGCAAAAGCUAAAGCGAAAGCAAAGGCGUAA